AUGGGCCAAGUUCAGGUGUCCGUUGUGUCAUCUGACACAGAUGGAGAAGAGCCGACCUCGACCAGCAUGGUGACAAUACCACCAGCAACCAUCACUGUGGCAAUUCCCACCCCCAUCAUAACGGUUUAUCAUCCGAUGUUGGGGCCUUCCCCUACCACUUUGGCGCUCAAUAUCGCCCAAGUCACAGCUCCCGCCCCGGCCCAG